CCUCGAACUCCUUCGGUUAGACUUGCAAUACAACUUCCCUCGUCCCAUACAUCCAUUGUAGUGUUUCUUCUCAUUAUUGGGAAACAAUGAAUUAUGAAGGGUAUAACUCAUAUGAGAAAGGAUACGCAAACAUGAGACUGGUGGUAGGAGAGAAUGAUGAGGACUACGCAUUUGCUCCUAAUAACCGAGUUUUCAAUGAAUUUGAAACUAAGAAUAAGGAGUUUGGCACUACCGAAGCUUUCAAGGGUUAUUCAAAUAUGAGGCAGACUGAUGAAAGCAUGUUCCAACAAAACAAAUAUUCAGGCGAAUAUACUGAAGUUGCUAAGAGUAAUUCAAACAUGAGGCAGACUAACAUGAGGCAGAUUGAGGAUAAUAUGUUUCAACAAAACAGAUUUUUAGGCGAAUAUGGUGAAGUUGUCAAUGGUAAUUCAAACAUGAGGCAAACUAACAUGAGGCAUACUGAGGAUUAUAUGUUCCAACCAAAAAGAUUUUUAGGUGAAUACGCCGAAGUUGCCAAGGGCUAUUCAAAUAUGAGGCAAAUUGAGGAUAAUAUGCUCCCACCAAAUAGAUUUGUCGGGGAAUAUGUAACCAAUAACAAGGUUUAUACUGGUACUGCCCAAAUUGCCAAAGGAUCCAAGGUUGUGUCAUGUGGACCUUGGGGUGGCCCUGGAGGAAUGCAAUUUGAUGAUGGAUCAUGCUAUACAGGCGUGCGAGAGAUUCAAUUAACACGCUCUGGUGGUCUUUUUUCCAUUAAAGUUUGCUAUGAUCGCAAUGGCCAAGCUAUAUGGGGAAACAAGAAUGGUGGCAAUGGAGGACUGACAUUGGAAAAGAUAAGAUUUGAAUAUCCAAAUGAGUUCUUGACUCACAUAAGUGGAUAUUAUGGAUCAUUAAUCUUUAGGGGACCUACAAUAAUCAAAUCCAUCACAUUUCACACUAACAUGAAGAAGUAUGGACCUUUUGGAGAUGAACAAGGGAUCCCUUUCUCCUCUGGCUCAAAAGAUGGGAUUAUUGUAGGAUUCCAUGGGAGACAAGGAUGGUUUAUUCACAGCAUUGGAGUCUAUGUUAUGGAAGGAAAACCGGCACUACCUCGUCCUCCUAUUGACGCAUUCAACAUGGGUGGCAUGAGAAUUCCCGAGGUUGUUUCUGGGCCAAUGCAAGGACCAGGUCCAUGUGGACAAGGGGUUCUCAUGGUUGGAAUGGUGAAAAAACCAGCUCCAUAUGGACCAGUGGGUCUCCCAGCUGGAAUGGUGAAAGAACCAGCUCCAUGUGGACUAGGGCCAUGGGGUGGGGAUGGUGGUCAGCCAUGGGAUGACAAGGUGUUCACUGGGAUCAAGAAGAUAUUCCUUACCAAGGGUGAAGCCAUUUAUUCUAUACAGAUAGAGUAUGAUUGCAAUGGCCAAUCCAUUUGGUCAGUUAAACAUGGAUGUGGCAAUGAGGGCACCCCCUAUCAGAUCCAGUUUGAGUACCCGCACGAAUUCCUUACGAGCGUAAGUGGCUAUUACGGCUCGGUUGCUGAAGAUGAAUGUAGGAAAGUUAUCAAGUCUCUCACAUUCUAUACAAAUAGGAGGAGGUAUGGACCAUACGGGGAGGAGAGUGGCACAUAUUUCACUUCCACAAAGAAUGAAGGAAAGAUAAUCGGUUUCCAUGGAAGAGCUGCCUCUUACCUAUAUGCCAUUGGAGUCCAUAUACAACCCUUGUUGAAUGAUCGAGUUAGCAGGGAGCCCAAAGGGUGCCCACCACAGUACCAAUUCAAUUUUUACCAGUAAUGUGUGUGUAUGGACUAUGGAGUACGCACUAGAAGCCAAGUGAUUGGCCCAAAAUAAUAUUCUGAAAGUGUAAAAAUGAAAAGACUUACUAUGUAACUGACUCAAGUAUUGGAACGUGUAAUGAAUAAAUUUACUACUCCGGAUUUUAUAUGC